AUGUUGAUGUUUGAAAUGCGGAGAUGACGAAGGCCAUGCUUUUCCUGGUAGGAGGCUUGUUAAGGCCCUGCAGGUAUGUCCAGACUGCAUGCAGGAUGCCUUGCUGCUGGCAAUAACGAAUGGCCAAUCAGAUCACCUUGGAGGUUGAAUAACUGGUUGAGUGAGCGUCUUUGCCGGCCAGCCGGGGGGGACAACGAGUUGCCUUCUUUCUUUCCUCUGGUAACUUGUCUCCUUCCCCGGAGACCGGUACUAUAGCAGCAAAGACUGGCCAUGGAUGGAAGUAGUGGGUGUGGAACGCCAAUUGCUUCAAGACGGGCCAUGGCUAGCAGCAGAAGAGGAUCGCUGUCGAGGUGCUCGGGGGGAUCAUGGGCCACGCUCAUGGCAUGCCUAACACUCGCCGUUGUACAUUUCGUGGCAACAACACUUCACCUCAUCCCGCCGCCAGAUCCCUUGCCGGAUCCAAACGCAAUUCAUGUAUUUGUUACGACGGAUGAAAAAGACCUGAGACCGCUCGUCGUCUUGCUCAACUCAACAUUCGUCAACAGCAAGAAUGCGGACAAGCUUGCAUUUCAUAUAUUCAUGCCUGAGGAUAGAGAAGCAUCGACCCGGGAGCAGUUGAGAUUUGUUCUACCCAACGUGAGAUUCGACGUCAACAGGUUUGAUGUUGAUAUUGAGAAUAUCAAAAGGCACAUUGCUGUUAGGAACACAUCUGUUGAGAGAGAUGAGAGGUGUUUCAGGAAGGAGCUGAGAAGCCCCUACAAUUUUGUCCCCUUCUACUUGCCUCAAGUAGUAAAAGGCAUCAAGAGGAUGAUUUACCUCGACCUUGACAUCGUUGUUCAGGGGGAUGUUACAGAGCUAGCAGAUUUAGACAUGCAAGGGUAUCCUGCUGCGGUAGUGGAGGAUUGCAUGCAGACCAUGGCCAAUUACUUUGAUUUCAAACAAUUGCGCCAUAUCCAAAGUUCAUACAAGGGGAACGGAGACAAUGGAGAAAAUGAAGGUGAAAACGAGACUGGUGGGGUUCGGCUCGAGCGUCCAUCCUGGUUGCCUCCGGAAGUUAUUGACAGUAAGACAUGCGUCUCCAAUAGAGGUGUACUUAUGGUGGAUGUUGAUCAGUGGAUCGGACAGAACAUCACUGCUGCUAUUGAGUGGUGGAUUGCCCAGUUUAAUGUGUCAGCCGCUGAUCGCCCUCUCUACAGGUGCGGCAUGUCUCAGCCUCCAUUCUUGUUGUCCUUGUACAAGAACUACAAGAAGCUGGAUCUUAAGUGGAAUGUACGGGGAUUGGGGCGAGUAGAGUUUGCGGAAGGGGAGAGGGAUUAUUACCAGGAACAGGGGUACCUUCGGCCAGAUAAGCGCCCGUUUAUUUCACCGUUUUCGGAGAAGGCGAAGGCUCUUCAUUUUAAUGGGCCGUUAAAGCCAUGGAAGCAGAACCGGACGUUUGAAGGACCAGGCUUAGAACGGAAUGGGACGGAACCGUGGCCCUUGGAACCACAGUGGGACCCAAGCAUCUCGAUCGAAGAGCAGAGGGCGCUGAAGCUUCCGUCCCUCUGCGGCCAGCGCUUGAUCUUAUGCUCGGCAAUCUGGUGGCGUUAUCUUUCGCCAGAAGCAGACAAUCUGUUCAAUCCUAAGAAGAAAUCUGCGCGAAAAGUCACUAAGGUGGUGACGGACGGCCAAGAGACUGCAAGAACCCUGUUUAACCAGGUUCAAACACAGCGCUUACGGCGCAGAACCCGACUGAGGGCGUUGUGAUCUUUCGCCGAAAAGCUCUUCCAGUGAAGAGGGGUUAUAUUUGCACAUGAAAUUGCUAGCUGGCGCUAUUACCUGAGGCAGUCGGCAUUUCUCUGAACCGACGUGGUGGUUGGGUUUGACUAGGAGUUGACGGUCCCACCAGUUCCUAUAUUUACUCAUCCUCCUUCAGAUAUGGACACCGUUGUUAGACUCAAGGGACGGAGGGACCGUGGGGAGACGGUCAGUUAAGGAGGGAGGGUUGCAAGAGAUGGUGUUCAGUAUCAUGGAGCUUAUACCUUUAUCACUUUGAGCCUUCCUGCUGUUAGGAAUUCUGGAGGUGACGACUGGGUCGAGGACAGACAGUUUGGUUCGCAGGAGGGGCGGGGAGAGAUUAAUUGGGCUGAAAGGCUACUUCAUGGCAGAUGGGCGUGGAUGGGGCUUGCUUGAUCUUUAAUGUGACAGGCUGACACCUCCAAGAAGGGGUUAAGCCCCACUUUUUCAAGCUUUGAGCUGGUAGUUUGGCGGGCAAGGAGAAGAGGGAGCAGGAGGGAGAGGAAUGAGAGGAGCGCCUUGCGGGUUCAUUGGGAGUGAUAGUGGUGUGGGAUAGUGCAUGAUUGGUGCUACUUGUGCCCUCAAAUCUUUCAACUUGAUCAUCACAAUGCGGUUGUCCCAACUUGUCGGUGCAUUCAGGGUGAGUUUAGUUGCACUCGAUCCGAUUCAGCAGCAGAAAGGAAGACCAGUCUGGAGGGAGGGGCCUUGAGCUUGGUCAAGAUACUGGUUGUGAGGGGAGCAUAUAGUAUGCUAUCUGUUGUCUGGAUCAUCAUGUGGGGGUGUACUGAUGCUCUGAGCACCUGGGGCAUGAGAUAGCACAUGAUAGGCUUGCCGCUGCCAGAUGCUCAGGCAAACACAAAGCGUAGGGAUUGUCUUUAGUUUGGGGUCAAAGAGCGGUCGGAGAGGGGGGUCAAAGAGGGUUUAUCUGCCCCUGGAAGGUCGACAGAUAGCACAUGAUAUACUCUUAUGGCCGAAGAAGCUCAGGCAAACUCAAAGUGCAGGGAUUGUCUUUAAUUUGGGGUCAAAGAGGGGUCGGAGGGGUGGAAGAGGGUUUAUCUUCCCUCGACAGAUAGCACGUGAUAAGCUCCAUGAGGGGUCAAAUUGGGGUCAGAGGGGUCAAAGAGGGGUCAGAGGGAUCCAUGAGGGGUCAGAGGGGUCAAAGAGGGGUCAGAGGGGUCAAAGAGGGCAAACACAAAGCGUAGGGAUUGUGUUUGCUUUGGGGUCAAAGAGGGGUCAAAGAGGGGUCAAAGAGGGGUCAAAGAGGGGUCAGAGAGGGGGGCCGAAUAAGGUAUAUCUGCCCCUGGAAGAUCGACCUUUGAGGUGGUAUAUCUGACCUCCCACACACAACUAGGUGCGUAUGAGGUGGUUGAAGGGCUUGUGUGUGCAGCAGUCUGCAUGCACUAACGGGCAACGUAGAGUGAUGAUGAACUCGGUUCUCGAGCGUGCAGGGAUUGACAUGGAUUGGCGCUAUUGAUGGAAGGCGGGGCCAUAUCGGACAGUUGUGAGGUGCUAGCUAAAAUAAGGUACCUGGGGAGGCUGUGAGAGCGAGAUCGAUAGCGGUGGUCCCCACCAAGCCUGAUGGUUGAGCGAUAUGACAAUGCGGUUUGUGAUGUCUUCCUCGGGAAAUGUGUUUGGAGGGUUGCAUGGCUUUGAGUUGCAAUUUGUUCGGCGCGGCGUUGGAGAUCAAGAUGCAUUGGAAAAUGGUAGAAUAAGAACACACUGUGGAUACAGAAUAACGAGUGAGUGAUGAGCCACUCAUGUUGGACUGGUCCUUCAAGAAUCCGGGUUAUGUCCCACCCUGCACAAACCCACCGGUCAUGGACGGGACUCUCUCUGUUGCAGGGGAGAAUGGCAGGUGUUAGACCAAAACCUGGGGGCAAGGUGCAGGGCUUGUGGUGAUCCGGGGGGGUUGGGGGGGGGGGGCGGGGGGGGCGGAAGCGUGGGGAGGACUGCAGAGAAGAGGGGGCGCGAAAGGGAGGGAAGAGUGCGAGCGAAAGCAGGAGGGAAUGAGGUGAUUAUUGGGGUCGGUUAUUUUCGCUGUGAGAUUUUGCCAGGAGGUGCGAAGACGUCCACAAUGCUCCGCAUGACCUGCUGGUCCUUUUUGCGUAAAGAAAGAUUGUCGAGCACUACUUGCAACUGUAUUUAUUUCAUUUGAACAGUCGUGUGGUUUCUUCCGCUGAACUCCCCAUCGUUUGGUGAUGCACCCGAGCCAGCCUCCGAGGUGCAAGCCUCCUGAGUUGUUUUGUAUCUGGGAUUCCAGUUCUGUGCCUUCUUUCAUCAACAGAUACCACCGAGAACAGCAACAGUUCUGAUGCCAUCCCCGCACGGCUGUGGCGUUGUCUUUUCUGCCUGCCAUUCCCCACAUGCGGCCUUACUCUCCCUCCUGCUCCCAUAACCUACAUCCACUCUCUUCAUGGGCUUGGAUGUCAUUCAUUCAUGUGAUGAGUCAUUCAUAUGCACGCCCAUCGUCUUUGCGAAUCAUUAUUCAAAAGGAUGUGAUAAGGAGGGGUGGAUUAAACACCGGGCCAGUAAUGGAAGUGAUUCCUCCACGGGAACAUUUUGUGAUGAUUCGGUGAAGAGCCUUGUGGAAGUAUGAAGAGGAAGGAAGGGAGUGGGAAUCGCGCCUGGCGUCUAAUUCUUGAGGGGAAGGUACCCUCCUCCUCUUUUGCUGGCCAGUUCGCAGAAUGAGGGCCUGUUUCGAAAUCGUCAUGCAAAUCGGUGUGUGUGUGUGUGUGCGUGGGGCAAUUCGGCAAGCCGAGAACACUCCUGCUCAAUGCUCACCAUUGUCCUUUUGUUUAGUAAUAAUGGAUUUGUUCAGGGAUUGGAUGCCAGAUUGGUCACAAAAGAUUGGUCGCAAAAGAUUGGUUGCAAAAGAUUGGUUGCAAAAGAUUGGUCGCAAAACAUCAAAAGAG